AUGACUUCCUCUACCAACGAAACCUCUGACCUGAUUGGAAGCAACUAUUACAAGCUCGAAUCACCCACCCAACUUCAAAACCUCCUCGGCGCCGACUUGAAACGACUAAGUAUUCUCUACUUCAGAGCCGAGUGGGCAGAGAUCUGUCGAACUGCCGAUCCGUUUAUUAGGUCAUUGUCUCAAAAGUGGAAGGAGCCUCUGUUUCUCGAAAUUGAAGCCGAAAGUCUACCCGAAGUUGCCGAAUCAUUUGAGGUCUCUUCUGUGCCUUGUUUCGUCGUCUUGAGGGGCCACCAGCUCCUCUCACGAAUUAUCGGUGCUGAGCUGUCGCAGCUUGAAUCCGAUGUUGAGAAGUUUGUCAAAGCAAGCCAGAACAAACAAAGCAACAGCAAGUAUGAGGUUUUGAGUGAGACGACACAGAAGCCGCAACCCCCACCAUCUGGCCCCAAUGUCAAUAAAUCGCAAGCGGGGGCAAUCUCCAACGAACACGAGACAGAAGAACAACUUUUUGCCCGUUGUAAAGACAUAAUGCAACAAUCCAAAGUUGUGGUGUUCAUGAAGGGAGAUCCUAGAACACCGCGAUGCGGGUUUUCCCAGCAGACCGUCAAAAUCCUUCAGGAUCUCAACGUCGAAUUUACUACAUUUGACAUUCUGACUGACGAAAAAGUUAGGCAAGGUAUGAAGAAAUUGAACUCAUGGCCAACUUUCCCUCAAAUUAUCAUCAAAGGUGAACUAGUAGGUGGCUUGGAUAUUCUGAAGGAAAUGAUACAAAACAAUGGCAAGGACAAAACCGAACUUGAUGAAUUACUCGAAAAUUAA